GUUUAUUGAUUACCAUGACGUAACGCAUACGGGGAUCUCGUGACGUCCGAAGCUUACUGGUUUGAAAUCAGCUGAUGGCGAAAUAGCCGUCGGAAAGUUGUUUCUCAGAUGCUUUCAACAAAUGCAGUAGCUCGAUCCUGGCCGUUGGAAAAAUACGCAAAGUUUAUUUACACUGGAGAGAGCGGAGGGCAAACUGAAAGUCAGGGAUACUGGAAGCAAUUUUCGUCCGCCGAAGGUGGUUUUGAGGCCUUACAAGUGUCAUUGUUAGAAUCAAACAUGAUUGUCCGCGAGGGAAAAGUUAUGCACGAAAGUUUCUCUUUGUUUAAUGCCAGCAAGUGGUUGAAAGGCAUUGUCAAAGGCGAUAGUAUGCUGUUUCUUUACAGGAUGAAUAACGAUUGCCGGCGAUUCAGAAUCAAAUUUAAAAGAAGCGCUGAUCGAUUAGCGAUAGAAAACUGCCGCCAUUUUGUUUCCGAGAUCUCGCCCAAGAUUCCUGUGAGAGAGCUGCCAGCGUCUACUGAGUCUGACUCGCAAGUUCCAAUGGAAGACUCUCAACUUAUUUUAUCGGAUUCCCAGCCAACCAAUAGAGGAACUACCGACAGUGCCAGCUGUGGAUCUGCUUCCGUUGGUCUAACACUUCCUGUCUUAGCAAAUAAGAUUACAUCGGUAGAAUCUCGCUUGGAUGCAGUACAGAGCGGUAGUAACCUUAUUGCACCACAAGACCAAUUAAGCCUGAUGAUAAGACUCUGUUUGACCGACAGUAACUUCCCUGACUUCGUGGAAGCUGUGGAAAAGGAACUGAAAAGCCUUACAUCCCUAGAAUAA